AUCAUCAUCAUCAUCAUCAGAAUAAUGAAAAAUAUUUCAAUAUUUAAACAAUUGUAUAUUUAUUACAUUAUUCUUAUGACUUUUCUCAUUUAUUUAUUAUAUAAAAAAAAAAGUAGAGUUAUAUUAACUUUGAUUAAGUUUUAUGGUACAAGCUAUUCAUAGUAAAAAAUUCAUUACAUCACUAUCUCUUAUAUAAGUCUCUUAUAUUUUAUUAAUUUUAUUUAAUAACUAACUAUUUAUAUAUACCUAUAUGUCACUCAUAGAUUUAUUCAACAUUAUUCCAUUUAAUAAUAAUAUUAAUAUUAAAUGUAAUUAACAAGAAAGGUCAUAUCUAUUACGUAUAAAAAAACUUCUUCUAUUUUAUAUGAAUCUUAUUUAUAAAGACACAUUAAAAUGAAGAAAUGU